GCCCUACUCUUUUAUUAUACGUGCUGGUUUUUUUUUUCCCGCGCGCAGCACGGGCUUGCCUGCUAGUCCCACAAGCCGCCGGCACCGGCGCACGGGGAGCAGAGGCAGAGCAGCGCUCGCCGCAGCAAGCGUGCCCUGCACACAACAGACCAGCCAACGCUCCAGCGGCAGACGACGGCAGCAGGUCCGGCCACCUUCCGCGCCUCGCCCCGGCCAGUGGCGUUCACGCCUUCCGCCAUGAAGGCCGCCGCGGUCCACUCCGUCCCGCCGCCGUCCGCCGUGACACUUGUGUCAGUGGUGGCGCGGCGCGCGCUGGUGCCGGCGGCCCUGCGCGGCAACGCGCGGCGUGGCGCGGCGCUGGUGGCGUCCGCCGCGCCCGAUGGCCAGAUGAGGAGGAGCCCGGGCCCGGCAGUGGCGAAGUUGACCGACGUGAUGUCGCGCCCCGUGCAGGUGGCCACGCCGGGGCAGCGGCUCUCGGAGGUGGACGACGCCUUCUUCGCCGCGCGGCAGUACUCCGGCCUGCUGCCCGUGGUCGACGACGACGGCAGGUGCGUUGGCGUGAUCUCCAACAAGGACAAGGCCAAGGCGCCCAAUGGGAUGGAGUCAACUGUAGCUGAAGUCAUGACAUCUCCUGCGAUAACGCUGACACUCUACAAGACUGUCUUGGGUAAACAAGCUGCAGCGCUGAUGCUCAAGGAGAAGGUUCACAGGAUACCGGUUGUGAAUGAGCAGCAGCACGUGAUCGGAAUCGUGACUCGCUCCGACGUGUUCCAGGCUCUUGAGGCCACCAGCAAAGCAUGGGAGUGAGUCAGUGAGGUACGGUAGGCUUGUUCUCGCCAGAUGUUACCCCCUUUAUUUGUGUAGUGAUCUCAGCAGAGAGUAUAGUUAUGCUACCAAUAUGGCGAGAAGAGGACAGAAAAAGCUAGGUGUUUAUACUGGAAUCGCUGCAAUACAAGACAAAUAAUGGUGUAAAUUUAUGGAGUUACUGAAACUUAUACGGGCUGAUUGGUUCGCCGGCCGCGCUAAGCCGGGCGGGUGCGAGCCUGGCCAGCCAGGUAACCAAACAUGUGAUUGCAUAAAGUCAAUGCAUACGAUGGCUCAGGAUUAAAUGGUGCGGGUAACCAAUCACAUGGAUAAAGAAGGUAUUUAUGAAGGAUGACGAACUGUUCGUCACUACAUGUAACACACAAUAGAUAGAAUAGAUUGUAUGUCCUUUAGGAUUUAGACAUGUACAAGAUACAUCACUAUCGGAAUUCGGCUCUUUGCCGAGUGUCAAAUGUUUUAUCGAGUGUUUUUUAUUUUCGCCACUCGGCAAAAAAAGUGUCAAAUGUUCUUUAGGUUUUGUAAGAGUUUUUCGACAAAAAAUAAAUAAAUAAAAUAAAAGAAAGUCUUUCAAUCCA